AUGCUAGCAAGAUCUUACAAACUUUUGACAGUCAGGAGUACCUACCGUGCUAUUUCAAGAACUUUUGCUUCUCAUUCAGGCUCUGGAUUCACUUCUUAUGAUACAAACAAAAAGACAGAAACCAACAGAUUGGAGAAGUCCCUCUCAAAGUUUUGGGAAAAAGUGGACGUUGCUCCAGCUUCAGGCAAACCAGGUUACGCAGUUACAUUAGAUAAGAAAUCGGUUAAGACUCCGCUUGGAUUUGAGUUGAACGUUCCCGAGAACAAGAAAUCUCUAGCUUAUUUGUUGGCCAAUGAGUGGAGAUCAUUACCAAGUUUACAAGUCAAGCCACACCUUCUACCACUAACAUCCAUAACAGCAAGAUGUAUUGAUUUGCACGAAGCGCAGAAAACAGAAGAUGAAGAAAUCAAGGCUAAGGUUGGUGAUUUAUCUACUAUCAAAACGUUGCUCUUAAGAUAUUUAGAUACUGAUACCAUGUUGGUUUUUUCACCAAAAGAAGACUGUGAUGGAUUACUAAGAGAUGAACAAGAGAAAUGUUAUAGACCAAUCAUUGCAGACAUGGAACAAUUUUUUGCAAAGUUCAGUGAAGAUGGCAAGCCACUAAAAUUCACCUUUCUGGAUUGUGAAAAAUCUGGAUUUGCAAGUAAUUUCCAAACUGAGGAAACCAAGAAGGCGGUAAAUAAAUACCUUAACUCGCUGUCUACCUGGGACCUUGUUUGUUUGGAGAAUGCGACUCUUGUCUCCAAAUCGUUUCUUGCGGGUGUCGCAAUCUUGAGAAACGCAGAUUACAACGAUAAAUUCAUUAUUGAUAUUGAAGAGUUAUCGAGAUUAGUCAAUUUAGAAACCGUCAUACAAACUUCUAUCUGGGGUGAGGUUGAAGAUACCCAUGAUGUCAAUAGGGUUGAUAUCAAGAGAAACCUGUCUUGUGCUUCGAUCGUUGCCUUCAGUUCAAAGGAUUAA